AUGGACAUUCUUAUGAUGGUCUCGAUCAUGACCAUGAUGCUCUUUUCUACGUCGGAACCCACACGUGCAGCCACACUUAUCGUGUCCAACGAGCUGCAGACGCGUGGUGAUGUUCCCGUGUUUGUCACGUGCCAUCCGACCCCUCUGCUGUACAAACUGGUGCCAUUGGGUCAAAAGUUGUUGAUAGAAAUCCCAACCACUGCUGGUGGCGACAACGCCGUCGAUGAUAAGAAGGCAGCGGGAUCUAAAGUGUGGCAGCCAACGACUUGCCUAGGAACGUUUUACAGCGAAGCACAUUUCGAGAGGCACGAGAGACCGUACGUCUUGUACGAUUCGGACAAAGAUGCUACGGAGUGUAAAAACUCGUGUUUCGUCGUUGUCAAAGACGAUGGAUUUUAUCGUUGGAACAACAACAAGAGGAUCUGGGACAAAGUUUUUCCGAUCAUUUGGUAUUAG